AUGGACGACAGACAUGGUGGAAAACGAAGUAUAGAUCACUACGUGCUCGGCAAAACUCUUGGAAUCGGAUCAUUCGGCAAAGUUAAAUUGGCCGUACACAAGGAGACAGGAAUUAAAGUUGCGAUAAAAGUCUUGAACAAGAAGAAGGUUCAAGCACUUGACAUGAAUGACAAGGUAUGGCGAGAAAUCAACGUAUUAAAGCUUUUUUCUCAUCCUCAUAUUAUCCGACUAUACGAAGUCAUCGACACUCCAACAGACAUUUACGUGAUUAUGGAAUAUGUUUCAGGCGGUGAACUUUUCGACUAUAUUGUGGCGAAAGGAAGGUUAUCAGAGGAAGAGGCAAGGAGAUUUUUCCAACAAAUCAUUGCGGGGGUGGAGUACUGUCACAAGUAUAUGGUCGUUCAUCGAGAUCUGAAGCCAGAGAAUCUUUUGCUUGACGCAGCGCUGAAUGUCAAGAUUGCAGAUUUCGGUCUCUCUAACAUGAUGAAGGAUGGCGCAUUUCUUAAAACAAGCUGCGGCUCUCCCAACUAUGCUGCCCCUGAGGUCAUUUCCGGACAGCUGUACGCGGGUUCAGAAGUAGACAUGUGGAGCUGCGGGGUCAUUCUUUAUGCGCUGCUUUGCGGCAAUCUUCCAUUCGAUGAUGAAAACAUUGCAAACCUGUUCAAGAAGAUCAAGGGAGGCGUGUAUUCUAUGCCAGGGUAUCUCAGUGAAGGAUGCAGAGAUCUUAUCCCUCGCAUGCUUGUUGUGGAUCCACUCAUGAGGAUAAAUGUCAGCCAACUUAGGCAGCACUCGUGGUUUUUGACGAACCUCCCAACUUAUCUCUCAGCGCCGGCAGAGGAGUAUUAUGGCCAGGUUGGACAUCUGAGCCCAUGGACGGCUCAGUGCUGA